AUGACAAAUAUCUUCAAUGAAAGUGGAAAUAAUAAUCAUCUUUGCGUACUUUUGGAGGAUUUGGAGAUGUUAGAAGACCCAAGAACAGCAUCACUGAGACGAGUUAGUUAUGGAAUAGUUCUGCCUACUAUCUGUUGUUUAGGAAUUAUUGGAAAUAUUUUCAAUCUUAUCGUUCUGACAAGAAAAAAUAUGAGAGGAACAGCAUAUAUUUAUAUGCGAGGAUACUCAGCAGCGGCAUUAUUGGCAAUACUUUUCUGUGUUCCUUUUGCCUCACGGGUACUUAUUCACAAAGAAACAGGGAGAUGGAAUAACUGGCCUCAAGCGUUUUAUCAUGCCCAUUUAGAACUUUUUUUAGGAAACGGAUGCUUAGGUAAUAUUUUUCAAAAAAAAAAAUGCAACCAAAAAUUACUUCAUAAAUAA